AUGCAGCCUUUCCGUGGAGCUGUUCCGGACUCUCUUUUGGACCGUAAUGCGUCGUGGUCGCAAGACUUUGUCACACAGCAGCCAGAACUUGCCCAGGCCCUCCGUGAAGGACAGCAUCCCAAAGUGUUUUGGAUUGGCUGCAGUGAUUCACGUGUGCCAGAGAGUGUCGUAUGCAAUGCCCGCCCUGGCGAGCUGUUCGUCUUUCGGAACGUUGCAAACCAGUUCCACACGCACGACGAUAGUGCCGUGAGCGCGCUAACGUUCGCUGUCCAGGCCCUUGGAGUGGAGCACAUUAUUGUUGUGGGCCACACAAGUUGUGGUGGUGUAUGCACGGCGAUCAACCAGGUUGUCGAGGAGCAAGAUGACAACUUUGAGCCUAUGCCGACCUCCGCGCUCACUCGCCAUCUCUCCCCCUUGUUUGAGCUGGCUAGGUACCUGCGUGUGCGUGUGCGUGAGCGUCAUACCAUGUCGGAGGAGGCGCUAAAGAGCCAUAUGCUUCCUAUGUUGACCGAGGCUAGCGUGCGCAAGCAAAUUGAAAACAUUGUGAACCACCCGGUCGUGCAGGACAACUGGAACCAAAAGGUGUCUCCAUUGAACGGCAAGGUCAACCCGCGCGUGACGAUCCACGGGUGGAUCCACAAUAUUCAUAAUGGUCGUCUGCUGGAUCUUGACAUUAUGGUCCGCCCUCCGCCCCUGGAAGGCGAGAAAGACUCGAGGCCGAACGCGUAA